UUCAUUGCUACUUUAUGAGGAAAAUGAGGAAAUACGGGUUCAACAUCUCGGAUUUAGUAUUUAAAAACCCUGCAGUGUCUGACGAGGAGAAGAAUGCAGACCCCCAUAUUGGGAGUGGAGAUGAGAAUGCAGACCGGGGAAACUGGAACAGUAAGAAAGAGUACCUGCUGUCUAUGAUUGGAUAUGCAGUUGGGCUGGGAAAUGUGUGGAGGUUUCCCUAUCUGACAUACAAACACGGAGGAGGGGCCUUCCUGAUCCCCUAUGUAAUCAUGCUGUCUGUUGCGGGGCUGCCCCUCUUUUUCAUGGAAAGCUCUUUAGGACAGUUCUGCAGCCAAGGACCCAUUAACGUGUGGAAAGCUGUGCCAAUCUUCCAGGGUGUUGGCAUUACCAUGAUGCUGGUCAGCACUUUUGUGUCAAUCUACUACAACGUCAUCAUCGCAUAUAGUAUCUACUACUUGUUUGCCUCAUUUCAGGAGCCGCUUCCAUGGAGCGAUUGCUCAAACUGGUCUGACAUGAAUUGCAACAUCACUGCUAGAGGUUCGUCAAGCACUGUUUUUUCCAUGGCUGGAAAAUCAUACCAGACAGAAUAUUGCAACAUGACUGCUUACAAUGGGAGUCUAAUGGCUGUGAACACGAGCAUGAUUGCUGAUGGGAAUCAGAGCUGCUUAGAAGAGUUCUUAGCUAGUGUGCCAUUACAGAGCCCCAGUGAGCGCUACUGGGAUGUGGUGGCCCUGCAGCGCACCAGUAGUAUGGAUGAGACGGGGCCGGUAGUGUGGCAUCUGGCCCUCUGCCUGCUGCUGGGCUGGAUCCUGAUUGCGGCAGCUCUCUUCAAAGGCAUCAAGUCCUCAGGCAAAGUGGUGUAUUUCACAGCCACGUUUCCAUAUGCUGUCCUGCUGAUCCUGCUGAUACGUGGCGUCACUUUGGAAGGUGCAAGAAACGGCAUUGAGUAUUACAUCGGCUCCCAGUCCAACCUCACCAAACUGUCUGAAGCUGAGGUCUGGAAGGAUGCAGCCACUCAGAUAUUUUUCUCCCUGUCUAUUGCAUGGGGCGGUUUAACCGCAUUAGCUUCCUACAACAAAUUUCAUAAUAACUGCUACAAAGACUCCAUCAUUGUUUGUAUCACAAACUGCAGCACCAGCAUCUUUGCUGGCUUUGCCAUUUUCUCCAUCCUCGGACACAUGGCGCAUGUCUAUGGCAAGCCAGUUUCAGAGGUAGCACAGGCUGGCUUUGGACUGGCUUUCAUUGCUUAUCCUGAUGCCCUCUCCAAACUUCCCAUAUCCCCACUGUGGUCCAUCCUGUUCUUCUUCAUGCUCAUAACUCUCGGUUUAGACUCCCAGUUUGCAGGAAUAGAGGUCAUCACAACGUGUCUCCAGGAUGCCUAUCCUAAAGUCUUGAAAGCCAAACGAGGCCUCAUUACUGUUCUCAUCUGCAUAGUUCUCUUCCUGCUUGGCUUGCCCUGUGUCACUGGGGCAGGUAUAUACUGGGUGAACCUGAUUGAUACCUUCUGUGCUGGAUGGAUUCUUCUGGUUGCUGGACUGUUGGAAGUCUUUGGGCUAUCCUGCAUAUAUGGAGGGAACCGGUUCAUCAAAGACAUUGAGAUGAUGAUAGGGACCAAGCACGCCCUCUUUUGGAUCUGGUGGAGAGCUUGUUGGUUUUUCAUCACUCCUGUCGUUCUCCUUGUCAUUCUCGGCUGGUCACUGUACACAUUCACGGCGCCCACAUAUGGCUCGGUUGAGUAUCCACAGUGGGGCAUUGCUCUGGGCUGGUGCAUGACUGUCUUCUGCCUGGUGUGGAUCCCAAUUGUGGCAGUCUGGAAGCUUGUGAAGGCCAGUGGAAACCCCUGGCAGCGUCUCAAGUCAGUGUGCUCCCCCACCAAGGACUGGGGUCCUUACCUGGAAUGCCACAGAAACGAACGCUAUGGCCAAGCAGGGAUGAACGACGCAAAUGUCUAUGUGAUCUCAAACAAAAAUAGCACCCGACUGUAAGAUACCAUUCUUUGUAAAUGGUUGUAUUUUGUACAUUUUUUAUUCAGCUUGUUUAAAGCUGUAAAGUUUACAACACUUGCUGGAUUGUACAGCAUCACCUGUUAUUCCUCCCAUACACAAUUCCAGUCAAAAGUUUGAGCACAAUUGCUAGAAACAAGUCAUAAUUAGCUUCAGUUUUCAGUUUUAAACAUAAAGACUUGUUCAGAUACCUUUCUGGAGGAAAUCACAAUCUGUCUUCUCAGAUUCAGUAUGAAAUAACUGGAAUUUCAGUGAAGAGAUAACAAGGUUUUUUAUAUUAAAUAUAACAUCAGGCAUGCAACUCACUUAUAGAAAUUAACUAAUUAUAGAAUUAUGAUCUAUUAAUAUAAAAACGUCCAAUGUAUGUCACAACAUACUUUAUUAGAAACACCUGUACACCUGCAAAGUCAUGCAAUUAGUCCUGCAAGGCCAGUUCUGUUCUCAUAACGAGAACUUCUGGGGACAAACAUGAGAAAGUUCUAUGAUUUCUAAACCAGUCCAACACAUUGCGAAGGCAGAACUUAAAGUAGAGGGUUAUAGUGUACCUGUCAACACCAUUUGAUGGACAACAAUGACUGCAUUUCUCAGCCACUAUACCAUAGGUUGUUACAAAGUGAAAGACCCUUCUUAUAUAGCCUAGAGAUGCAACCUAUGUUCUGAGUGAUUUCGAGGACGCAACUGAUGUAUCUUUCCAGGCCUUCAGCUACCCACAGUUCUCUGCACACGAAUGUCACAAA